GGCACGAAAGAAGCUGUACACACCUAUCAUCUUCAACAUGAAAACAAUUGUCGUCCUCUGCGUCCUGGUGGCCGUCGCCGUCGCGGCUCCUCCUCACGAUUACAGCCAGACUGUGGUCGUGAAGGAGACGCCUCUGGACAAUAUCGGCAUCGACGGAUAUCAAUUCGGCUAUGAACUCUCCAGCGGCCAGGCUCACCAGGAGUCGGCCCAGCUGGUGAACGUCGGCCAGGAGAACGAGAGCCUCGCCGUCCGCGGUAGCUUCACCUACGUCGACCCGGCCACCAACAUCAGGUACACCGUCAACUACGUCGCCGACGAGAACGGAUUCCGCCCCGAGGGAACGCAUCUGCCUACCGUCUAAACUUCCGGAGUUGAAAACUGAUUAUAUGUAAAUAAUACGCUUCGCACGUCCAAGAAUGUUGUCAUCCGAGUGCUCUUGGAAAAAUUCCUGAUUUCUAUUACAAUUGCACAUCCCUUUUCGUGUACAAUAAUUCGGCCCAUUUCAAUUAUAUAAGAAUUUUGUUAGAAAUGUGCACAGAAUUAUGUUAUUUUUAUAUCUUGAUGAGAUUAUAUUGUUUAAAAAUUACAUA